AUGCUUUCGUUACGAAAGCUUCGGCCAGCGUGGCAGAAGGUGAGACCUAGGGGGGCGUUGUGGGAGGCCUGCCUGAAGCAGGUCAUGUGUGCGGUGGUGCCCGCUCUGCAUGGGGAGGUGUGCUGUGGUGGCAGCAGUUUCAUCUGGAGCACUUCUUGCGGCCUCGUCAAUCUCACACACCUCUUCCGCCCACGCACCUUCUCUGCGCCAGCCCCACCCCCGAGCUCCGCACCAUCCGCCGAGCUGGGUCCCAGGGAGGGCAUCAGGAACAUCGCCAUCAUUGCCCACGUUGAUCACGGCAAAACCACGCUGGUGGAUGCUAUGCUUAAGCAGGCCAAGGUCUUCCGCACCAACCAGGCGGUGGAGAUCCGGAUCAUGGACAGCAAUGACCUAGAGCGGGAACGUGGCAUCACCAUCCUCUCCAAGAACACCGCUGUCCGAUACAAGGGUGUCAAGAUCAACAUCAUCGACACACCCGGUCACGCCGACUUUGGCGGGGAGGUGGAGCGCGUGCUCAACAUGGCAGACGGCGUGCUGCUGCUGGUGGACGCGGUGGAGGGCCCCAUGCCCCAGACCCGCUUUGUGCUGAAGAAGGCGCUGGCGCUGAACAAGAAGGUGCUGGUGGUCGUGAACAAGGUGGACCGCCCCGCGGCGCGCCCCGACUGGGUGGUGGAGGCCACCUUUGACCUCUUCGUCGACCUGGGCGCCAACGAUGAGCAGUGCGACUUCCCCGUCGUGUUUGCGUCGGGCAUGGGCGGCGUGGCCGGCACCGACCCAAACGCCCUGGCUGAGGACCUGGGCCCGCUGUUCGAGUCCAUCCUGAACGAGGUGGACCCGCCCCAGGUGGUCCAGCAGGGGCCCCUCCAGCUCCUGGUCACAAACCUGGACUAUGACGAGCACAAGGGGCGCAUCGCCAUUGGUCGCGUGCAGAGCGGGGCCAUCUCCAAGGGCGCGCCCGUGGUCUUCCUCAAGCCAGGCGAGGAAGGAGGCUCUCCCCCCACCAGCGCCAAGGUGACCGAGCUGUUUGUGUAUGACAACUUUGCGCGCACCCCUGUGGACACGGUGGAGGCGGGCGACAUCUGCGCCUUCACGGGUCUGUCGGCGGUGUCCAUCGGGGACACAGUGUGCCAGCCGGACGCACUGGUGCCACUGCCCACCAUCGAGGUGGAGGAGCCCACCGUGCGCAUGACCUUUUCGGUCAAUGCCUCGCCCUUUGCGGGGCAGGAGGGCAAGUUUGUGACCAGCCGCAACCUGAAGGACCGGCUGGAGCGGGAGCUGGAGAGGAACCUGGCGCUGCGCGUCGAGCCGGGAACCGGCGCUGAGUCCUUCGAGGUGUCGGGUCGCGGGGCCCUGCACCUGGGCAUCCUGAUGGAGAACAUGCGCCGUGAGGGGUUCGAGUUCGCGGUGGGCCCGCCCAAGGUGAUCACGCGCACCGACCCCGCCACCGGCGCGCGGCUGGAGCCCGUGGAGGAGGCCAUCGUGGAGGUGGCCGCCGACCACGUGGGCGGCGUGGUGGACCUGAUGGCGGGGCGGCGCGCGGUUAUGCUGGGCAUGGCGGCGGGGUCGGCCGGCACCACUCGCAUCACGUACCGCCUGCCCACGCGCGGCUUGUUGGGCCUGCGCUCUGCCAUGCUCACCGCCACCAAGGGCACCGCCGUGCUGUCCACCAUCCUGUCGGGGUACGAGCCCUGGGCGGGCGACAUCAGCACGCGCGAGAACGGGUCGCUGACCGCGCACGAGACCGGGCAGGUCACCGCCUACGCCGUGGAGUCCGUGCAGCAGCGGGGCCGGCUGUUUGCGCGCCCGGGCGACGCCGUGUACGAGGACCAGGUGGUGGGCAUCCACCAGCGGGCGGGGGACCUGAAGGUCAACGUGUGCAGGAAGAAGGCGCUGACCAACAUGCGCGCGUCGGGCAAGGACAACACCGCCGUGCUGACCGAGACCAUCCCCGUGACCCUGGACUACGCACUGGAGUAUGUCGGCGAGGACGAGCUGGUGGAGGUCACGCCCAAAAACAUUCGCAUCCGCAAGAACCCUAACAUCAAGCCCAAGAAGAAGUGA